GUUGGACCAUUAGUCUCGCAUGAUGCACGAUCAAUCUAAUACAGUCAGAGCAAAGCGACACGACCAAUAUUACUUCCGAGAUGGCUCUGUAAUUUUGCGGUCAGAAGAUACAUUGUAUUGCCUCUACGGCGAAAUGCUCCGACGCAAAUCUGAUCUCUUCCACACCAUGCUACCCGAUCAUCCAGUACAGGGUGAUCUCGUUGGUAUCAUGGAUGAGACUGGAAGGGCUCGACCGAGGGAUGGUUCAUGCGACGACUAUCCAAUACCAUUGUCAACAUUUCAUACGGCUGGGGAGUUCAAUGAAUUGCUGUCAUUUAUAUUCGACGAAUGGACACCUGUGCCGCGAACCCUUGAAUCACUGGUCGCAAUCCUGAAAACCGCCUCAUUCUACCUGAUCCAAAAUGCUAGAGAGUACGCGAUUGAUCAACUGUCGACUUACAAGUCAUUCCCGGCCCCUCUCCGCUUCCAUCUUGCACGCCGGUACCGUGUCCUUGCGUGGAUUAGUCCCGCUGUUCGCCAGUUGUUCGCGUUACCGUACCGCGAUAUGUCGGACGAAGACAUGGAGCUCAUUGGCCUAGGUCCCCUGUCAGGGCUGAUGCGUGCCAGGGAGCGUAUUGAGACUCACCGGAAGUCGGUCGCUGCGGGACCGCCUGCACCGCGUCACGACGUCGCAUGCAAGGACCAGGAAGCAUGCACUCGAGCGUGGAAUCAUGCCUGGUGGGGAACCUUUAAUAAACCAGGUGUCGCAAAGGCGCUAUUACAUCCGACGAAGCCCGUUCCCGGGUACGAUCUUAUUGAGAAGCUUGAAGAUUUCAACGCGGUGGGAAUGCAUCCGGAUUGUAGGAGGUGGACACUAAGUUGGCUAUGCAUUCCCCCAGCAAGCAGACGGUUCAGUCUGGAGGAGACUAUCAUAGACAACUUUAUAGAUCAGUAUACUACGAUCUUGCAAAACGCGAUGUAAUGCAACUGUUAUUUAUAUCUACAGGACCAGAUUUCACCUGGCGAAUGCAGACGUGUGAGCGCUCAGUUCGUUCGUCA